GGGAAGUGAAGCUGAUCUCAGAGAGCUGCUCUCUCUCAGUCUGAGGGCAGGAAAAUGGCCAGUAUUUCAGUAGAUCAGGACCAGUUCAGCUGUCCAGUCUGUCUGGAUCUGCUGAAGGAUCCAGUGGCUAUUCCCUGUGGUCACAGUUACUGUAUGGUGUGUAUUAGUGGAUGCUGGGAUCAGGAUGAUCAGAGGGGGGUCUACAGCUGCCCCCAGUGCAGAGAGACUUUCACUCCGAGGCCUGUUCUACGCAGAAACAACAUUCUGGCUGAAGUGGUGGAGAAACUGAAGAAGACAGAACUCCGAGCUUCUCCUGCUCACUGGUACGCUGGACCUGGAGAUGUGGACUGUGAUUUCUGCACCGGGAGAAAACUCAAAGCCUUCAAGUCCUGUCUGACGUGUUUGGCCUCCUUUUGUGAAACUCAUCUUAAACCUCACUAUGAAGUUCCUUCCUGGAAAAACCACAAGCUGGUCAUCGCCUCCCCAAGACUACAAGAGAAGAUCUGCUCUCAGCACGACAAACUGAUUGAGAUCUACUGUCGUACUGACCAAAGAUACAUCUGUUACUUGUGUACGAUGCACAAACACAAAGGCCACGAUACAGUUGCAGCUGUAGCAGAGAGAACUGGGAGACAGCGUCAGUUAAAGGAGAUGCAGAGUAAAUCCCAGAAGAUAAUCCAGAAAAAGGAGAAGAAGCUGCAGGAGCUGAAACAGGCUGUGAACACUAUUAAGACCUCUGCACAGACAGCAGUGGAGGACAGUGAGAGGAUCUUCACUGAGCUGAUCUGCUCCAUUGAGAAAAAGCGCUCUGAGGUAAGAGAGCUGAUCAGAGCUCAGGAGAAGACUGAACUGAGUGGAGCUGAAGAGCUCAUUGAACAGCUGGAGCAGGAGAUCACUGAUCUAAAGAGGAGAGACACUGAGCUGGAGCAGCUUUCACACACAGAGGAUCACAUCCAUUUCCUCCAGAGUCUCCAGUCUCUUUGUGUCUCUUCUGGAUCUGAAGACUCACCCAACAUCACUCAACGUCUCUCAUUGGAUAAAGUGAACAAAUCUCUAUCUGAUCUGAAGAAGCAACUGGAGGAAUUCUGUGAAGAAGCACUCAGCAGAAUCUCUCCACAUGGUGCAGCAGUUCAGAAUGUAGGACCAAAAACCAGAGAAGACUUUUUACAGUAUUACUGCCACCUGACUCUGGAUACCAACACUGCGAAUAAGAAUCUCAUUCUGACUAAGAAGAACAGAGCGGUGAGAUACAGCCAGAAUGUCCAGCCGUACUGUGAUCACCCGGAGAGAUUUGACCAUUCAUUUCAAGUGCUGUGUGAGCAGAGUGUGAGCGGACGCUGCUACUGGGAGGUUGAGUGGAGCAGUAAGAGAUACGGAUGUGUGUACAUAUCAGUCUCAUAUAAAGGGAUCGGCAGGAAAGGGUCAGGUACUGAAUGUGUGUUUGGAGGAAACAAUCAGUCUUGGAGUCUACUGUGUUCCUCCACUCUGUCUUUCUGGCACAACAACACUGUGACUAAGCUCUCAGCCCCGUCCUCCUCCAGAAUAGGAGUGUAUGUGGAUCACAGUGCAGGAACUCUGUCCUUCUACAGCGUCUCUGACACCAUGACCCUCCUACACACAGUCCACACCACCUUCACUCAGCCUCUCUAUGCUGGAUUCAGGCUUCCUUUUUCUGUAUGCAGCGCGACUUUACGGAAUUCAAAAUGAAUAUCUUUGUUUAUCUCUCGCAGCUCAGUGAAACUAUGGGAACAAUUCUGUUGAAAGUGAAUUUCCAAAGCCUAAAACUUUUCAUUGGUACCACUUUUCUGUUUGUCAUAGGACAAUUAUCGUGAUUAAAUUUGAAAAAUCUUUUUUUUUUUUACAUCAGUAGGGAAAGUAGGGACUGCAACACAAAUUCAAAUUAAAACCUCUUUUAUUUUAAUUUUUCAUGAAAUGGUAAAACAUCUCACUUUCAACAUUUGAUAUGUGCUCUAUGUUCUAUUGUGAAUAAGAUGUGGGACUCUGAGAUUUGCAAAUCAUUGCAUUCUGUUUUUAUUUACAUUUCACACAGCAUCCCAACUUCGUAGGAGUGAUGUAUAGUAGAAUGACAGUAAAGAAUCUAGACUUCCUUACAUUACGAGAACAUUUUAAAUCACCACAUUACUCUAAAAUUCUAUCUUUCCAAAAUGUGUUACAGCUCACCUCAUUGUAAUGCACUGCAGUCUUCCAGCUGGAGCUCAAAUCUCAUCUUCUAGAUGAGUGUUUCCACUAAGGUCCUGUAGUCCACCUGUACUGCACAGUUUAAUUUAUUCCUGCUCCAUCACACCUGAUUCAGCUCUAGAAGGACUUGAUCAUUAGCUGAUGACGUGACUGGGUUCCUGUAGGGCUGAACCUGGAAAUCACUGCAGAACUGCUUUUGUAUCUAUAUUGCUGAGUCUCUGUGAUACACUGAAAACAACAGAGAGGUUCAAUUACACUCAGUGUUAUAGGUAAAUAUUGUAUAUUUAUUACUAUGUGACACUAACAUUGUUUGACUCUGCAAUAUUUAGUAUAUUAAUUCUUUUCUUUAAUAAAGUUCCAAAAAUGCUACCGUGUCUGCAUUUACUGUAUAUGUGUAGAAUGAUGGUGUUUAUCUGUAUAUAUACAGCAAUAAACUUUGACU